GGAAGACAGACAAUUGCCUCCGUCAACUCUCAAAGCUCGCAGCACUCAGUUUGUUGCCAUGUCAAGGAAGACGCUGGUAUUCUCCGUAUCCUUCUCGUGUCAGGCAGCAUAUUAGCAGGCACUCGCCGAAACAAUACUGACACAAACGCAAUCAUGACAAUACCCACACCGCCAAAGAAGUUGCACAAUAAUAUGCGUCAGCCAACUCUGAGUACUGACCGAAAGCCGUCUGCUCGAUCCAUGGAUUCCCCGUCUGUUGCGUCCGCUAGUCGGCCUCCAUCUCUUUUAGCAGGAUUGCAGGUGUCGUUGUUUCCCUCGGACCGUACGACUGAAAACAUUUCCGUCCCUCCGCGUCCACGUCGACUAUGGAGUGUCAGCGACACAGCCAUACGUCCGAUUCCUCCUUUUUACCCUCCAAUGAAUCGGCAUACGACGAUCUACGUUUCGGACGCGCCGCCGUCCGUGGUUGCAGUUCGAAUCGCCGAGUGUUUGCGCAUCCGGAGUGUCUCAGUCGAGUAUGACGACGAAUCGUUGACAGCAACGGCCCUCACGAUCGAUCGCGUCCAUUUUUCGAUUCACCUUUGGCAGGGUCGAUCGUCAGCAGCUAUCAAUGAUAGCACUCGCGCAGGUGCGCAAGGAGUAGCCUUGCCGGACUUUUCACAUGGUGUUGUCGUGGAGUGCAUUCGUUUGCGGGGAGAUGUCAUAUCUUAUCACCGGGUGGUACAGGCAGUUUUGCAAGCCUCGCUCAGUCUCGACACCGGCAAGGAUCGUCGGCUAGCGCAUCAGUGCUCGCCAUUAGAGUACCCGCGCCUCAACAAUAUAUCGUCUCGUUUGUUGACGGUGUCUGGAAAUUCCAAGACUUCGCGAGAAAUCUCAACAACAGCCAUUCAAGCUUUGGAACACGCUUUGCAGUUGCUGCGUAAGGAUCGUCUGGACGCCCAACAGUUAGGAAUGGAACGGCUUGUCGCUUUGACGGACGUUGAGUCAUCCGGUUCCGAUGUUGCCAUGUAUACGUCUCUCGCGGUUGUGGGUGCACCACUUACCAACGGAAUUGUAGUCGACGACAAUAAUUUGACGGAAAUUUACCGCGAAUGGAUUUACAGUUUGUUGGUUAAGCGCACUUUGCCGGGAGAUAGAGGCGAGGACGAUGAGCCAGUAAACCGUUCUUGUGUGUUUACUCUACUGGGCGACAAAGGGGGACAAACGGGGGACACCGAUUCCGAAAAAAUGCAGGAGGAUAUUAUGGCCCAAAUCAAUUUGACCCGAGGGAGUGGUGGUGACGAGCACCACGGGGGUAUCAUGCGUGCUUUGGCCCUUCGCGCCUUCACUAACGCACUCAAUAUUCUCGCAACGAAACAGCCAAAAAUUUUGGAAUCAGUCUUAACGACACAGGCGGCGCAACUGGUUAGCCGUAAUUUUUUGGAAGCGCUCAUGGAAGACGUUCAGGGCGCUUCACGGCCUCCAGCCGUAGUAGUUGGCACUAGACUAUCGUCCCAGCACGAGACUGCCUUGGCGGUCCGGUGUUUGCGCAUUUUGGGAGAGUUCAGCGAUUCUGCCAAAAGGCGAAUUUUAUCCGACGAGACUCUGGCCCCGAAUUAA